AUGUCUCGCAAACGACGGGCUUCAUCAGAGGCUGAUCCGUAUGCCCAGGCGCAAUCAGAGGACCAGUCUCUGGCUCAAGCAACCAGCAAGCCUACGGACAGAAAACCAAGUAGACAUGAGGUAGAUCGUCGAUUCCGGGACCUCUAUUCAAAACCACCCGACUUCAAAGAGCUAUCUCGGUUGGAUCCCGAAUUUGCCGCCGUGACCAAAGGCCGAGACUUGGAUUUUAGAGACCCAAAAUCAGUGAUGCAGCUGACCAAAACGCUUCUCAAGUUGGAUUUUGGUAUCAAGAUAGAGCUUCCAGAUGACAGACUAUGUCCACCGGUCCCGAACCGCCAUAAUUAUAUCCUAUGGCUGAAAGACCUGCUCGAUACAUCGUCGUACAACGAACCCGGGCAAAAGCUCACAGGUUUGGAUAUUGGAACCGGUGCGAGCUGCAUCUAUCCUCUCUUAGGCUGUGCCCAACGGCCUUGGUCAUUCCUUGCGACUGACAUUGAUACCGAAAGUUUGAAAUGGGCCAAGAAGAAUGUCCAAAUAAAUGGUCUGUCAAAUCGCAUCAACAUCGUGGCACGUUCUCCCGACAGCCCAUUCAUACCCCUCGAUGAAGUUGGCCUGAAGUCCAUCGACUUCACCAUGACCAAUCCGCCAUUCUACACGUCGGAGGAGGAAUUGCUCAGUAGCGCAAAGAAAAAGAAACGGCCGCCAUAUACGGCAUGCACAGGCAGCAAAACGGAAAUGGUCACGCCAGGGGGUGAACUCUCGUUUGUCAACCACAUAUUCAAGGAGUCAUGCGUUCUACGGGACAGAGUACGGUGGUACACUGCCAUGUUUGGGUUUCUCUCCAAUCUCACAAGGUUCAUAGAGCAGCUUCGAACAACUGGGAUUGAAAACUACGCAGUCACGGAAUUUGUGCAAGGGAACAAAACGCGAAGAUGGGCCAUUGCAUGGUCAUUUCAACCAAUGCGUCCGGCACAGCAUGUCGCCAGGGGCACAAAUUCUGCGGCGUCAAAGAACAUUCUUCCUCCUGUGACAGAGAUGCAGGUAAUUUCUGUCGAAUUAACGGACAAAAUUGGUGAAUUUGCUUCCAAAAUCACAGCUGCUAUUGAGUCAUUGGACUUGAUAUCUUGGGAGUGGGACACACAAAACUAUGAAGGAGUUGGCCGGGCUGUCGAUAAAGUAUGGGCGAGAGCAUGGCGGAGAAAAAAGAAGAGAGAGCAGGAGGAUCCCGGUGGGAACAAAGAUGAGGUAGCUUCGGGGGGUGAACCGAAGUGUGCCUUUGGCUUCAAAGUAUGGAUUCACGUGUCCAUGAAGCAGGUUGAUGUAGGAUGUCGAUGGAUGGAAGGAUUGGAUGCCACUGCUUUUGAGAGCUUUCAGGGAUUUCUGAAAUCGACUGCUAAAGCAGCAGCAAAUGUACAACAAUGA